AUGACGGGAGUGCCGCGCGGCAACCUGUUCCCGCUGUGUGACCCGAACUCACCUGCUGCAACCGGAUCCUGGUCCGUGGUCUUCAUGUGCUUCCUGGGCUUCGGCAGCUACUUUUGUUACGACAACCCCGCAGCGCUUCAGACUCAAGUCAUACAGGACAUGAGUCUCAACACAGCCUCGUUCAUGCAGCUGUACGCGUGGUACUCGUGGCCUAACGUUGUGCUGUGCUUCCUGGGGGGCUUUCUGUUGGACCGGGUGUUUGGCAUCAGGCUGGGGACCAUCAUCUUCUCAUUGUUUGUGUUAUUAGGGCAGAUCAUAUUUGCUGCUGGAGCUCUGGCCAAUCACUUCUGGCUGAUGAAUCUGGGCCGUUUUGUGUUUGGGUGAGCAGCAGAGUCGCUGGCUGUGGCUCAGAACACGUAUGCGGUGAACUGGUUCAAAGGAAAAGAGCUGAAUCUGGUGUUCGGUCUGCAGCUCAGCAUGGCCCGAGUGGGCAGCACGGUCAACAUGAACGUCAUCGGUUGGGUUUUAACGGCCGCAUCGAGGCCGAUGCUGGGCUCAACGGGAACACCAACGCUGGGAUAGGAUAACAAAUCAUGAUCCCUGGCGUCCCAGUUUCUGUUAUUCCUCCCUCAUAUGUGCUGCUGAUUCUGGGGCUUCCUGGACAGAAGGAGCAAGAGAAGAUCCUCCACAAGGAGCCGGGCGAAGGGCAGAACCGGGGAAGUCAUCAAGUGACGGAACGGUCAAGACUUUCCCGUUUCUCUCUGGCUCCUCAUCUUCAUCAUCUGUGUGGCCUAUUACGUGGGCAUCGGCCCAUUCAUUGGAUAUGGCGCCAGGGGAGGUUGCUGUCCUGUUUCAUAUCGCAAAAUCAACAGUAUCGUGUACAUCAUCUCGGCUCCGGCGUCCCCUCUGCUGGGAUUGGUGGUUGACAGGACGGGCAGGAGGAACAUCUUGUGGGUUAUGCUGGCCGUCAUCAACACUCUCUCCUCUCACAUGAUGCUGGCCUGCACCUUCUGGAAUCCCUGGAUCGCCAUGUCUGUAGGUACUGUCGUAACUCGCCUGCUGGCCUGUGCUCUCUGGCCGAUGGUGGGCGUUCGUGGUGCCGGUCAUCAGCUGGGAACCGCGUAUGGAGUAUUGCAGUCCAUACAGAACCUGGGCCUGGCUCUCAUGUCCAUGGCUGCGGGAAGCAUCUUAGACCUCAAAGGAUACCUGUUCCUCGAGGUAUUCUUCAUCGCCUGCCUGUGCUUGGCUCUGCUGGCAGUGGUUUUGCUGUAUCUGUAUAAUUAUUACAAAGAGGGAGAGCUGAACCUGUCGGCCUCAUGCACGAGCCAGCCGCGAGCACAAGUCUGA